CACGACGGACUCACAACCAUGUCUGCUCAAGCUCAAAUGAGAGCUUUGCUCGACCAGCUGAUGGGAACAGCGAGGGAUGGUUCAGUGUAUCUUUGCCAGCCCACACCAAUCUGCAAAGGAGUUGCAGAAAAGCCUCAUGUUCAUCGAGCCGUGAGUCAUACAAUUUUUAAAGCUGUUAUAAAUCAUAUCCAAACAAUUUGUUUGCCUUCCGGAAGUUAUUGUAGUUUUUAUUUUACUGAAAACCUUGCGUAAGGCUUCAGUGGCACGAUUCUUAACCAUUGGAGUAGUAUACAGUUUCAGCUAAGACAUCUGGCCUCAAGUGUAAACAGGAACCUUUCCUUAAGGUAAUUUUAGCAGUCCAAAGAAAGCCUUUUCACAACUCAUUUACAAUCUGACUUGUGUAUGACAACUUCUUACUGCAGGUAUGGGCAAGAACAGUGUUCCAAUUAAAACUUUUCUACAGCGGGUUUAAAUUCUGCAACUGAGGUCUUGAAGAUGCAGAUGGGUACAGUAUGUGGUGCAGAUCGCAGUGUGUAUACAACACUUUCUUUCUUCGCUUGUUUUCUGCAUUUUGUGACUGUGCUUUCAUUGACACUUGUAAAGGACAUUGCUGUGACUAAAGGAAGAAAUUACUGUUGCAGUCUGCAGACUGCAAAAACUUUCACAUUUUGUGGACAUUUUGCAAUUAGAAUAGAACCUUUCUCCGAGGACUAAUUUCAAACACAAAUUUCAACGCAAAGCCUGCUUAAAUUUAAUUAUUUUUUUAAAGACACUAUUUUAUCUACCAACAGUGUGCACAACAAGAUCAAACUAGGCGUCUUAAAAACAAUAAAAGAAGAAAAAAAAACUCAUUAUGUGCUUUUCUGAAUGCUAAUCAUGCACACAAAUGUGUCAGAUUUUUUACAUUGUUGGAUAUACAGGCCAAACAAGCAAUUGAGUUAUGAGUUCUCGCUCAGUUUGUCCUUCUCGUUGUUUCAGGGGAUGAGACGCGGCAGAGGGUGAAGUUUACUGAUGACCGGGUGUGUAAAAGCCAUCUUCUUAACUGCUGUCCACAUGACAUUCUGUCCGGGACGCGUAUGGACCUAGGAGAGUGUGCAAAGAUUCAUGACCUGGCCCUUCGAGCUGAUUAUGAAAUUGCUUCCAAGGAGCGGGAUCUGUUUUUUGAGUUGGAUGCUGUGGAACAUCUGGAGUCUUUCAUCGCUGACUGUGAUGGAAGGACAGAAUUGGCCAAAAAGCGUUUGACUGAAACUCAAGAGGAGAUCAGUGCUGAAGUUGCAGCAAAAGCAGAAAAAGUCCAUGAGCUAAAUGAGGAAAUUGGAAAACUUCUGGCCAAAGCUGAGCAGUUGGGAGCUGAGGGUAAUGUGGAUGAAGCUCAGAAGGUCCUUCAGGAAGUAGAAAAGGUUCGCACGAAGAAGAAGGAUGCUGAGGAAGAGUACAGAAAUUCAAUGCCAGCCUCUAGCUAUCAGCAACAGAAGCUGCGUGUGUGUGAGGUUUGCUCGGCCUACCUCGGUUUGCAUGACAAUGAUCGGCGCCUGGCGGACCACUUUGGAGGGAAACUCCACCUGGGUUUCAUUCAGAUUAGGGAGAAGCUAGACCAACUGAAGAAAAUUGUUGGUGAUAAGCAGGAGAAAAGAAACCAGGAAAGGUUGAAGAGACGAGAAGAGAGAGAAAAAGAGGAGCGGAUGAAAAGGAAGACAAGGUCACGCAGCAGGGAGCGGGAGCGAGAGCACAAGCGGUCCCGCUCACGUGACCGCAGAAGGAGGCGCUCACGCUCCUCUUCUCGGGAGAGGCGUCGGUCCCGGUCACGCUCCAGGGAUCGAAGGAGGAGGCACCGCAGUCGCUCUCGCAGCCGCGGCCAUCGCCACAGUCAUGAGCGCAGCUCUAGGCAUAAGUCAUCAAGGGACCGAGAGCGUUCCUCCAGAGACAGAGAGCGCUCAUCUAGAGACCGCUCUCGUGAGCGAGACCGGGACAGGAGGGAUGGUGUGAAUGGAAAGUCAGACUCCAGACGAGCAGAAGACAAGGAUACGGGAGAUCUCUGAAGACAAACGUCCACCAUCCCACCUCUUUCUGUGUUCAUCACCUCUCAGUUCUUUUCAAACUACCCAAUGUCACAUUCAGCCUUCACUUUGACCAAUGUGUUUUCUGCUUGUAUAAUUUCUUUGAUUUUACUGGACAGUCAUCUUAUGUUUGAUUUAUUUUUUUUAAGCAUCCAGAAGUCCACUGAAUAUAUUUUGAACAGGUUGUUUUUGUUCAGUAGCUUACUGUAAUAUCAAGAUAUGUGGUUAAUGGGUUGUUUGUUUUACAUCAUUACAUUAUUAUUAUUAUUGUUUUGUUAUGUAUUACACUCUAAAAAGCAAGUCAAAAUGUACAUUUAUAAAAUAUUUAGUAUUUAGGCUUGGUGCCCAAUGAACAUCUUUCAUUUAAAAAAAUGGGGCUGUAUUUUACAUAAAUCCAAAUUAAAAUCGGACUGAAAUACAAUGUUGUGGCCAGCAAACAAAUAUUCAGCCAGUUUUAAAAAUAAAGUUUUUAGUGUCACCGUUAGUUUAGGGAGUACUGGUGACAUCUUUUUUUUACUUUUGAUUUUUGUAUGUAUAUAGUUUAUCUUUGGCCUCUACACCAGACAUCACAAAUAAAUAAAAGCAAUUGAAAUGGAUGCAUUACUUGACCUUCAUAUGUGCUGUCAUUGCAUUGUUACCUUGAGAUAGUCUUUUUUUGAAGUGUUAUUAAAAACUGCAACAUUA